GUGCGUCUGUAUCACUGAUCUCAGACCGUUUGAGAGUUCACAUCAGAGAAACAUCACCAUGAAGAAUCUCUCACUACUCUUGUGUUCUUUGCUUCUGAAUGGGGUGUUUGGUGAUACAGAAGUUAAAGUGUCAGUGAAAGAGGGAGAUUCUGUCACAAUAAAUAUUAAUCCUGAGGAUAUAAACAGAGCUACUGAUCUGGUGUGGUGGUUCAAUGACAGAAUUAUAGCACAGAUUGAUUUAGAGGUGAAAGAUACACCAUCAGUUUACCCUGAUGGGAGAUUCAGAGACAGACUGAAUCUGGAGCGUCAGACUGGAUCUCUCACCAUCACAAACAUCAGAUAUCAACACUCUGGAGAAUAUAAACUGGAGAUCAGAAGCAUCAUAGGAAUCAUGAACAAGACAUUCAGAGUUUCUGUCAUUGAGAUUAUUGUUCCAAAGGAGUAUGUGCCGGUGACGGAGGGACGUUCUGUUACUCUAAAAACUGGUCUCAAUGAACUACAGACAGAUCAGGAGAUACUGUGGAAGUUUAAUGAUGAAAGUACAAUCUUAGCAAAGAUCAACAGAGAAACAAAUGAGACGUCAAUACCUGGAAAUGCUGAUGAGAGAUUCAGAGACAGACUGAAGCUGAACGAUACGACGGGAGAUCUCAUCAUCAGACACAGCAAGACCUCAGACUCUGGAGAAUAUAAGAUGGAGAUCAGAGACAAGACAGAGACAAGACACAGGAGAUUCAGUGUUAAUGUUUAUAAAGAUGUAGAGAAUCUAAAUCAGUUAGAGGGAGGAUCUGUUACUCUAAAAACUGGUCUCAAUGAACUACAGACAGAUCAGGAAUUACUGUGGAAGUUUAAUGAUGAAAGUAAAAUCUUAGCAAAGAUCAACAGAGAAACAAAUGAGACGUCAAUACCUGGAAAUGCUGAUGAGAGAUUCAGAGACAGACUGAAGCUGAACGAUAAGACUGGAGAUCUCAUCAUCACAAACCGCAAGACCUCAGACUCUGGACAUUAUAAAAUGGAGAUCACAGACAGCACAGAGACAAUACACAAGACAUUCAGAGUUCAUGUUUAUGAGGUUCCAGGGGAUUUUCUGGUGGUGACGAAGGGACGAUCUGUUACUCUAAAAACUGGUCUCAAUGAAAUACAGACAGAUCAGGAGAUACUGUGGAUGUUUGAUGAUGAAAGUACAAUCUUAGCAAAGAUCAACAGAGGAACAAAUGAGACGUCAAUACCUGGAAAUGCUGAUGAGAGAUUCAGAGACAGACUGAAGCUGAACGAUAAGACGGGAGAUCUCACCAUCAAACACAGCAAGACCUCAGACUAUGGAGAAUAUAAGAUGGAGAUCAGACACAGCACAGACACAAUACACAUGAGAUUCAGAGUUAUUGUCAGGGAAGAUGUAAAGAAUCUAAAUCAGUUAGAGGGACGGUCUGUUACUCUAAAAACUGGUCUCAAUGAACUACACACAGAUCAGGAAUUACUGUGGAAGUUUAAUGAUGAAAGUCCAAUCUUAGCAAAGAUCGACAGAGAAACAAAUGAGACAUCAAUACCUGGAAAUGCUGAUGUGAGAUUCAGAGACAGACUGAAGCUGAACGAUACGACGGGAGAUCUCACCAUCACACACAGCAAGACCUCAGACUCUGGAGAAUAUAUAAUGGAGACCAUAGACAGCACAGAUACAAGACACAGGAGAUUCAGAGUUUCUGUUUUUGAGAUUAAUGUUCCAGAGGAGUUUCUGGUGGUGAAGGAGGGACGAUCUGUUACUCUAAAAACUGGUCUCAAUGAACUACAGACAGAUCAUGUGAUACUGUGGAAGUUUAAUAAUGAAAGUCCAAUCUUAGCAAAGAUCAACAGAGAAACAAAUGAGACGUCAAUACCUGGAAAUGCUGAUGAGAGAUUCAGAGACAGACUGAAGCUGAACGAUACGACGGGAGAUCUCAUCAUCAGACACAUCAAGACCUCAGACAUUAGAGAAUAUCAUCUGAAGAUCACAAACAGCACAGAGACAGAAUACAAGAUAUUCAGUGUUAUUUUCAGGGAGAUUUUUGUUCCAGAGGAGUUUCUGGUGGUGACGGAGGGACGAUCUGUUACUCUAAAAACUGGUCUCAAUGAACUACAGACACAUCAGGAGAUACUGUGGACGUUUAAUGAUGAAAGUAAAAUCUUAGCAAAGAUCAACAGAGAAACAAAUGAGACGUCAUUACCUGGAAAUGCUGAUGAGAGAUUCAGAGACAGACUGAAGCUGAACGAUACGACGGGAGAUCUCACCAUCAGACACAGCAAGACCUCAGACUCUGGACAAUAUAAGAUGAAGAUCAGAGACAAGACAGGGACAAGACACAGGAGAUUCAGAGCUCAUGUUUAUAAGAUUGAUGUUCCAGAGGAGUUUCUGGUGGUGAAGGAGGGACGAUCUGUUACUCUAAAAACUGGUCUCAAUGAACUACAGACAGAUCAGGAGAUACUGUGGACGUUUGAUGAUGAAAGUAUAAUCUUAGCAAAGAUCAACAGAGAAACAAAUGAGACGUCAAUACCUGGAAAUUCCUAUUGGAGAUUCAGAGACAGACUGAAGCUGAACGAUAAGACUGGAGAUCUCAUCAUCACAAACCUCAAGACCUCAGACUCUGGAAAUUAUAAAAUGAAGAUCAGAGACAGCACAGAGACAAGACACAUGAGAUUCAGAGUUCAUGUUUAUGAGAUUAAUGUUCCAGAGGAGUUGCUGCUGGUAACGGAGGGACGUCCUGUUAUUCUAAAAACUGGUCUCAAUGAACUACAGACAGAUCAGGAGAUACUGUGGAAGUUUUAUGAUGAAAGUAGAACCUUAGCAAAGAUCAACAGAGAAACAAAUGAGACGUCAAUACCUGGAAAUGCUUAUGAGAGAUUCAGAGACAGACUGAAGCUGAACGAUAAGACGGGAGAUCUCACCAUCACAAAUAUCAAGCUCCCAGUCGCUGGAGGAUAUGAGAUGGAGAUAAAAGACAGCACAGAGACAAUACACAGGAAAUUUUAUGUUGUCGUCACUAAAGGGACCCUUUACGCUGAGCGUGUCAUGAAACACUAAGGGUGGUGAGGACAUGGAGACAGAGGAUCCAAGUGUAGACAGGGAGAUUCAGUAAAAACUAAAGAAAAUGAAUUAACAACAGUUGUGAAGACUUUACUGAUUAAAGCAGAAGAUGAAGUUUGAUCAGCUGAUAGAUGCUUAUCAUCACAUCUGUUACAUCAUCAACAUCUACAGUUUAACUAUCUCAUGAUCCGUCCUCUUUAAAAGAUCAUCUUCAUAUGCUGUUGAGCUCAUUUGAAAAAUAUAUAUAUUUUUUAAUAAUUACUUAAACAACUAUCAGCUAAAUAUAAACAUUAUUAAAAAAGUGUUUGUGUCUGAUCAUUUAUGUGCUUUAAUGGAUAAACUGAUUAUUUAGUAAUGGCUUUUUUAACAGUAAACACAUGCUAGUGUUGUGUUCGAGCUGCUUUAAUGUCAUUAUUAAUAAAAAAUGUCAAUCACAAUGU